GAGCUCUUGAGCAAAACUAACAUGGUCGAUUAUGCCAUGGAUAUCCACAAGAGCCUCUACCACACUGAAGACGUCCCUCAAGAUAUGAUUGAGAGGAGAGCUGAAGUCGUAGCGAGAUUGAAGGCCCUAGAGGAGGGGGCGGCCCCUCUUGUGGCAUUUUUGCAGAAUGCAAACGCCGUGCAGGAGUUGCGAGCGGACAAACAGUACUGUCUUCAGAUGCUUAAUGACCGCUUCCAGAUUGGUCCAAAGCAGAUUGAGGCACUAUAUCAGUAUGCCAAAUUUCAGUUUGAAUGUGGAAACUACUCUGGUGUAGCUGACUACCUGUAUCAAUACAGGGCCUUGUGCACUAACAGUGAAAGGAGUCUGAGUGCACUGUGGGGGAAGUUGGUAGCUGAGAUAUUGAUGCAAAACUGGGAUAUUGCUCUUGAAGAACUUAAUAGGUUGAAAGAAAUAAUUGAUUCAAAGAGUUUCUCGUCACCAUUAAAUCAGAUACAAAGUCGAAUAUGGUUGAUGCAUUGGAGUCUUUUCAUCUUUUUCAAUCAUGACAAUGGAAGAACACAGAUUAUUGAUUUGUUUAAUCAGGACAAGUAUCUCAAUGCCAUUCAAACGAAUGGUCCCCAUCUUUUGAGAUACCUAUCAACUGCAUUCAUGGUCAACAAAAGGAGACGACCCCAAUUCAAAGACUUUAUAAAAGUAGAUGUAAUCGUGAUUUUAAAUGAUCCAUUCCUUGGAAAACGAGUUGAAGACAACAACUUUUCUACUGUGCCUAUGAGAGAUGAGUUCCUUGAAAAUGCUCGCCUAUUUAUCUUUGAGACUUAUUGCCGUAUACAUCAACGUAUUAACAUCUUUUGA